CCAGUGGACGACGCGACCGUCAAUCACGACAGUCGCAGCAAGGUUGUCCGUUCGCACGAACGACCGAUGGUUUUUAUGGACUCGAGUCUCAUCACGUUCACCAAAGUUAUUAUUCUUUUAUAAUCUUUUUUCACCAGCGACUUGCUCGAGUCGUAUCGUAUCUUAGCUGCCGCGUGUCUGUCAACGUCUCAGUGUCAUGCUAAGUAAAUAUGACUUUGGGACACCAAAAAACAAAGCCUCAAAGUUUCGUGUGUAAAGGAUAAAAGUGUCAGGGUGUAACCGCAGCAGCGACACGGAGCCCAGUGACGUCGGCCACAAGCACCCCUGUGACUGAUGCUCAGUGUCGGGGAGGCUGUUGGCUCAAGCCCCUGCUAAUCUCUGCAGACACGAUAUGUGCAGACUGGAUGUGACCCUGUGACCCCUGGUUGCCAGGGAGAAAUCAGUGUGGCCAUGGCUACCGGGGCUACGGUCGGGGAGAGCCAACUCCAGAGGAUUAUCCGAGAUCUGCAUGAGGCUGUUGCAGAGCUUGAAAAGGAGUUCAAGGAAAGUGGGGAGCCAAUCACAGAUGACAGUACCAACCUGCACAAAUUCUCCUACAAGCUGGAGUACCUGCUACAGUUUGACCAGAAGGAAAAGAGUACGUUUCUAGGUACAAAGAAGGACUAUUGGGAUUAUUUCAGUGACUGUCUGGCUAAGAUCAAAGGGGCCAACGAUGGGAUCCGCUUUGUUAGAUCCAUCACUGAACUGAAAACAUCUGUGGGGAAAGGACGAGCAUUUAUUCGCUACUCCCUCGUACAUCAGCGACUGGCUGACACGCUGCAGCAGUGCCUGAUGAACCAGAGAGUCACCAGUGACUGGUACUAUGCAAGAAGCCCAUUCCUGAAGCCCCAUCUUAGUGUUGACAUCAUCAAUCACCUGUACGAACUCAAUGAGGUCCAGUUUGAUGUGGCUUCACGAGGGCAUGAUCUUGAUGCCUCCUGGCCCAGUUUUGCAAGGAGGACACUGGGAGGUGCAAACUCACCUGGCCACAUGUGGAAACCACCCAGUCGCAGUUCCAGCAUUAACAGUCUGGCCAGUACCUACUCCCAGCAUGCACCUGAGUUCCCCUCUAGUCCCGACUAUGGUCAGGGUCUGCUUAACGACCUGAAUGAGUCCCUGCCUACCUGCUCCGAAGAUGUCAGCACAGUUGAAGACCUUCGUCUAGAGCUGGACCAGUCAGAGCUGAAGCAGCGAGAACUCCUCGGUAAGGUGCAUCAGCUGGGCGAGGAGGCUGCAGAGUUUAGGGGCAUAGUGGUGGAGCUCCAGAGGCAGCUGGAUGUGUCGCUUGCUGCCCAAGAAGAGCAACAGGGCUUGCAGGGAGAAUUAAGGGCUCUUCGGGGGAGAGAGGAGGCCCUGUCCAGAGAGGUGGAAACACUUAGGACUAGGGACAAAGCUACAGAGGCUGAACAACGGCUGCUUGAGGAAAAGUUGGCAGCUGCUGAGGGGAAGAACAUAGAGUUCAUGGCCAAGUUGGACGGGGUUCUGAAUGAGAAGGGCCAGCAGACGGCCAGCUACUUUGAUUCAGCACAAAAGAUACACGAGAUGCUGGACAGAUUGAAAGAGGCAGAGCAAGGGAAGAUGGAUGCUGCUACAGAGCUAGAGGAGAAAAAGAGGCAGGCAGAAAGGCUAGAGGAAGAGCUGAGAUUGAAGGGGUUAGCUUUGAAGGAUGGUGAAACAAAACUCGAAGCAUCAGUUACAUCCGCGUCUGAGGAGAAGGCUAAGUUGCGGGCGAAAGUGGAAGAACAGUGUGGUUCCCUUGACAAGCUGCAGGGGGCAUUGACAUUGAGAGAGAAAGAGGCGAGCAACCUUCAAAGGCAGCUGCAAGAUCUUCAAAGGUCUCUAGAGGAAAGAGAGAAAGAGGUGGAUAUGGUGAAGAGGAUGGCACAAGAAGAUAAAGACAAAAUGCACAAGAAUGUUGGUGCCCUAAAAGAGACGCUAGAAACAGAAGUCCCUGCUUUAAAACAACAGGUUGAAAAGAGAGAAGCAGAGCUAACCUCCACAUGUGAGACACUGCAACAGCUAGAAGCCAAGAACCAAAGCCUCAACUCAGAAAAGGAGAAACUGACAUCUAGCCUUGCUGAACUGGAGGGUAAUGUCAAAGAGCAGACCACAAAGAUAGAAGAUUACAAGACACAGUGCGCCACUCUAAUGGAACUGAACGAAAAGUUGCUGACCACGGUGAAGAGAAAUGAAGAGUUGAAGAAGGAGAUGGCGGAAAACAGAGGAGUGCUUGAAGAUGAAUUAGCAGCUUUGAGAGCUUCUGAGAAACAGCUUCGAGGCCAGCUGGAUGAUACCAAGAUGACAGUGGAUGAAAAAGAGAAGCUGUUGCGUGAGGAGAACCGCAAGUUGGAUGAGAGUCUGCAGCGAGCCACCAUGGCUGCAAAGCUCUCGGAGACCACAUUAAAGAGGCUUGAGCAGGAGAAACAGAGUCUGAGAGAGGAGCAGGACACUGUGAAAACAGCUCUUGGCCGCAUGCAAGCAGACCUGAAGAGUGUUCACGGGCAGAUAGGAGAGCUGGAGAAGAAUUUAGGAGCUUCACGCAAGAAUGAAGCCAAUCUUCAAGAACAGCUCCAAACCAAAGAGGCCCAGCUAGUGAGUAAAGAGAAGAACCUUGUUGAGCUCCAGUCCAGGUUAACAGCUCUGGAAACCAGGGAGAAGGAACUUGAGAUGGCCAAAGCAGACGCAGAGUCAACCUGUGCUAGACAGACAGAAGUGAUUGAAAGGGUGACCUCGGCAAAGCAGGCAAUGGAGAAAUCUCAGCAACAGAAGAGUGCUGUCCAAAGAAAGAAGAACCAAGAAGUGACCGUAAAACUCACUGUGGUUGAGGGCCAGUUGGAGUUGAGCAUUCAAGAAGUUUCCAGGCUCCAGGCAGAGAUCCUGGACCUCAGGGUGCAGGCGCAGAGGUCUGAGGAGGAAAAGCUGAAAUCCCAAGCACAGCUGGAGGUGACCAAAGCCCAAAGAGAUGAGCUCAGGACUCUGACAGAGCAGCUUAAAGCUCAGACAGAAGCACUGAAUCAGAUGCAUGUAACAGAGCUUAUGGAUUGCAAAAAGAAAGAAGAGGUGCUGAUAGAGCAGCGUGACAGAGAAGUAGCCGCCCACGCCGAGUUGGCAAUAUCUGCAGCCGCGAUCCGAGAAGAGUUGUCCAGCCUCAAGGCACAAAACAACAGGCUGGUACAAGAGAACAACGAAACGCGUGACGGUCUGCACAGGGCAAACACAGAGAUGGCCGAGUUGGGGAUGACCAUCUGUAGGCUAAGCGCAGAAAAAGAAGGGGCCAGAGAACAUGGUACAGGCGCUGCUGCCAGGAUUGGAGAGCUGGAGAAAGAGGCAGAGUUACUGGAAGAGUGCGUGACAGAACUACGACUGGAGAACAACAGAGUAAGAGAGGAGCUGGCACAGAAGGAUACACUUCCAGAGACCAUCAGGGAGCUCCAGGAGCAGCUGGAAAAGGCCAGGAACCAGGUGCAGAGUGUCAAAGAUGCCGGCAGGGAGGAGAUGGAGGCUGUCAAGUUCCAGAUGAGCUCAGAGAGCAUGAAUCAUCAGACCCAAAUGAAGAGUGUGAAUGAACAGUUGGACAAGGUGAAAACCCAACUGCAGGAGGAGCUGAAGACUUCAUCCAUGUUGCAGGCUAAACUGUCUGAAUUAGAGGCUGAGAACGAGCAGUACUUGGUGCUGGCCGGUGAGAAAGAUGCUCACAUCACAAAGAUAGAAACAACUGCACGUGGGAGUGAAAGCGAGAUUCAGCGUCUGAGAGACGCUGUAAGCGGAGCUAAAGAAGCACACUUGUCAGUGCAAAGGGUUUGCGAGGAAUUGAAGCAGAAACUUGACACAACGGACGCUGACAAGCAAAGCCAGUGCCUGAAGAUGACCGCAGAGAUCGACGACCUCAACAGAACCAAGAUGAACCUUGAAGAGCGGCUCAUUGAGCUUAUCCGGGACAAGGACGCUCUGUGGCAGAAGUCAGAUGCUUUGGAGUUUGAGCAGAAACUGCGAGCAGAGGAGCGCUGGUGGUUGGUAGACAAAGAGGCAACUCACUGCCUCGGCUGCCAGGGCCAGUUCACCUGGUGGCUGCGCAGACAUCACUGCAGGCUCUGUGGUCGCAUCUUCUGCUAUUACUGCAGCAACAACUUUGCGAUGACCAAGCACAGUGGGAAGAAGGAGCGCUGCUGCAGGGACUGUUACACCCAACACAGUGCGGUAGUGGAGAGGUUCACAGAGGCAGAGUUGAGUCCCUCAGAUACCCAGCCUCCUCCACCUGGAGCCGGACCUCAGCCACCUCCUGAACCAGCCCCGUACAAACCCACUCCCAGAGUGACAGUGUCCGAUCCCAGCAUCAGAUCUGAUGAUGGAGCUUUCGACAUCAUCACAGAAGAGGAAGUGAAUGGCGUCUAUGACAGUGAUGCCACCUCGCAGACCACAGGAGGGUCACUGGAUGGAGAACAAGACCGACAGCCCCGGCAAUCGCUGGAUAUAGGCACAGGAGAUGUGACGCCUGACGACCCUGAAGAGCAAGUCCCCACGGUUCAGGAUUCCGAGAUCAACCUUCUCAAAUCAGGAGAAGUCACGAUGGCUGUUCCCCUCAGCAUCGAUGCCAUUUCUCAGUUUGGUGAAGGCUCCCGGGAACUCUUCAUCAAGUCCAGCUGUUACAGCGUGAUAACUGUCGACGUGGCUGACUGUGGGCCGACCAUCAGCUGGAUGUUUUCCUCUGAGCCUAAAAGCAUCUCCUUCAGUGUGGUUUACCGGGAAUCCACUGACACUCAGGUGGAACAGGCAAAGGUCCUGAUUCCUCUGACUCGCUGCAAUUCCCAUAAAGAGACGAUCCAGGGGCAGCUGAAAGUCCGCCAUCCCGGCCUCUACACACUCAUCUUCGACAACUCGUUCUCACGGUUUAUCUCCAAGAAAGUCUUCUACCAGCUGACCAUGGAGAAACCCGUAAUCUACGACGGAAGCGACUUUCCCUGAAGCCAGAUGACGCAUGCUCCCGCGGAGGCAUCAUCAUGAUGUCACUGUUUCUUCAGCCUGAAGAGAAGGCAACUCAGUGACUGUUUUUAAUUGAUUUGAACUGUUUUUAUCCAAGUAUUGUUUCUGUUUUAUUUAUCCCUGUGGUGUUAAUGUUUUGAGGUGUGCUUAUUUUUUAACCCUAGCCGAAGUCUAGUGUAGUCAACCAAGUGAUAGAGGUGUAAGAAAGAGAAACAGAAAGCCAAGUGUUUAUGCAAGUUUUAUCAAGUUUUUUUUUAAUAUACACCAAGUUAUUUACAAACCUUUAGUUCAGCUGUCAUUUUGUUAAUUUUUUUCUGUAAUUUUUCUCCAUAUUAGUUAUGGAUUGGCCUCUCUAUUCCAAAAUAUGAUGUUACGUUAGGGAAUGCAGGUCACUGCAAGUAACACUAGCAAUGUGAAAUCGGACAUAAGACUUGUCAGACGACAGAUGUGUUUUUUCCUCAUAAGUUGUCUAUGAAGACCUGGGAAAUAUUUGUCAUACUUUUCAAAAUCAUGGCCAGUUAAAGGUGUUUCCAGUGUUGUACAAUCAUUUAAAUCAAACAGCAAAAAGGAAGGAGGAAGAAGAAGCGCAGAAAAGUGGUUUGCGCGUUGGUUGUUUAAUUUAGUUGUCUAAACAUAUUUGCACUGUGGCAUUGCAGGAAGGAAACGAAGCAGAAACCCAUAACUGACCUGGACAUGAACACACUUUCUGCUUAAUAACAAAGCAUAAUGCACUUUGUGCAAGUCUCAGGAGGGGGAUAUGAAGUUGUCCUCUAGUAGCAGCGUGUCCUAAUGAUAUGUUUUUGGAAAACAAAAACAAAAAAGACAGAGAAGCAACACUUUAGUCUGACUAUCUAUUCAAGGAGACGUGCACAGUAGCUUUCUCCAUCCAGUUUAUAUCAACCUGUGAAGUAGAGUGCCUGUACUUUAACUAUGGACAGACUGACUUAAUGUCAUUACUAUGACAUAUAUAAAUGUUUAUUAAUAUAUUACUGUCCGCUAAUGAGCGACUGUACUUUAAAGUGCCUUUUAACCAUUAAUUGCCAGGAAUUAGUUUUCUUCUUUAGCAAUUUCUUUCCCUCUUCAUCCUCACAUAAGAUGAUACUUAAUUCUGCUGACAUUUUAAUCACAAUAUCAUAUGCACAAUACUGUGUAUUUCAGUUGCAUCUCUUGAAAAGAUUUUUUCUGUUUCGAUUUCUUUUUAAUCUCUGGAAUCUUUUUGUUUUAUGUCUAUAGGUAACCCUCUUGCUUUUAUUGUAUUCAGUGAUGAAAUGGGAAUAUUGUGUGCAGUUUAUUGUUGUUGUUUUUUUUCAUCACUAAGCAAUAAGUUAGAAAAAAAGCACGCUUGAUCACUUUUGGACACAACCCAACACUCGCUGAAGCACUCAAUGCUGCUUUCGUAGAGAUCUGUUUGUCAGAUCUCUUUUAUAUUCUUGUUGGGUGUAAACUGGUGCAAUUUGUAUGCAAAGCCACAUAUUUUUCUCUACAGAGCUGUAAUUUGUGAUAAUUACUUUAUACUUUGUGACGAAACAAUAUGAAAUUUGUUAAGUUUACAGUAUUACGCAGUGGCAGAUUUUUGUACAUGCUCUUUUUGAAAGGACAACUUCCUAGGUGGAAUAAAAAAGUGCAUUAUCACUACAGGCAUGCAGUGUGUGACGAGCUCUAGACAAGUCAAACACCCGGUAAACAUGAAUAAAAUGUGAAGGUGAUGAUGCCUCUGACAUCCA